UGGGCGGGUAGUUUUAUCGAUCGAACGACGACCCCGCCGAGGGGUGAAAUUGCCGGCUCACAAUUUCGACCACUGCCAAAACAUAAAUGUUAUUUUGUUUCUUUUUGUGUAUAAAGUGACUUAUAAACAUGGAUCCUAAUGCUAUGACUACGUCAGGCUUGCUUGAGUGGGAGUUCUCCUUGCCAUCUGAUCAGAUCAUAUCUCACGGCUGGUACCACGGCGCGCUCAGCAGAACAGCUGCGGAAAAUCUGUUGCAACAGGACCGGGAAUUCCUCGUGAGAGAUUCAUCGUCACAACCUGACAACUACGUGCUCAGCUGUAGGUCUAAUGGACAACAUUUGCACUUCGUUAUACAACGGAUCGUUGUUCACCCAGACACGGUUUACGAAAGACAUCAAUACCAAUUCGAAGAUGAAGCUUACGACACGGUCGCAGAUCUCAUUACCUCAUAUGUGGGAUCCGGAAAACCGAUAUCAGCCGCUUCUGGUGCCCGCAUCCAGUAUCCAGCCAACCGAGUGUCACCCUUGACGAAUUAUAUUCAGAACGAUGACAUUAGUUCUGUCGUUUCUCCGGUUGCAGAUGGCUCGUACGGGAACCCGUACAGUCUAUACAGUCAUUUUGCAGCGAAGCCAGGUAUGCAGCUGAGAGUGCCUUUCAAGAAGCAACGAUCUCAUUCUCUAACUCCUAUAGACAUGGGACAACAUGUCACGCAUGGUAAAAGUGCUAGCGCUGAUGGAGUGAUCCAAAGUCAAACGAGCAUGAUUGGCAAAAACUUCUGUGAAUCAAAUUCCAGUUCAAGUACGUGGGAUGCCAAUCUCCCUACUAGUCCUCCAGCCAAGCCUGCCAGAUACGAUGGCCCGAAAGCUGACGAUAGAAGAUUAGAACUUCAACGACUGUACCAGGUUUCAGGGUCCGAUUCAGGCAAUGGGUCCGGAGAUUCUACUCAGAGUUCAGCGCACAGUGAUCCAAAUAAAUCCAGGAUGGAAUCUGAUUACCAUCUUGUAACACCUACAAUAAAACAACAAUUUGAUUAUGAACUCACAGAAGCUAAACUAUUGCAGUCUGAAAAUUUGGAUUACGUAGUGGAUUCAAGAAUAAACUUAGAAAACUUCCAAUCACAAAUUAUACCGACAGGUCUUACGAAACCUCUUGAAUCCGAGACUCUGCAUACGAUUAAAUUGUUACUGCGUACUUCAGGACCGAGGAUUUUAGCAAAUCACAUGACAAAGGUCGAUUUGUUCUUCUUUUUCGAGGAUGCCAUUCAAAUUGAAGGUCUUGACAGGACGGCAUCAGGAUUGGAGCUAUUGUUUUUACCACAGGGGCGACCUUUGCGUUUAGAUAUAAUAGAGAGGAUUGAGACUUUCCGCCUGCUUAUUGCGGUAACAAUAUUGACCUGCCAAACGGAUAGACAGCGCGCUGACACUAUCAAUGACUGGAUUUUACUGGCUAUUGAAACAAAAACUGCUCUCGGAAAUCUCUACGGAUUUUCUGCUAUCAUGUUUGGCUUGUGUAUGCCACAGGUGGAGUGUUUAGAGAAUGCUUGGAAUAUUUUGAGGAGGAUGUACACUGACAACGCUUUCAUGUUCGAGGCUAAACUAAGGCCUUGCUUCAAGAGUAUGAACGAGGGCACCAACCCUUUACCACCGAACACAACGACUCCAUAUGUCCUCCCGCCAGUGCUGAGUUUCCAUAUUUUUGACGGUGAAGGGGGAGGACUGAUGCAGCCAGAUGAUACAUUCCCUAGUAGCUUGAUGAACAGUCUCGAGUUUGACUUUAACGCGACAGCAGCUCAUUUGGACGCAGCCAGGCACUUCCCCAACCAAAUCGAUAUGUUCAAGCGCAACGCCAGGACAGUCGUACAGGAGAUGUCUUCUUUAGGACCAGUGUUGGAUCCUACACUCCUGGAACUCUUCAGAACAGAGUUCCACAUCAACUUCUUAUGGGGCGAGAGAGGAGCACUCACUACACCGAACCAAAGAUUCGCUCGCCUGACCGACAUUUUAACAGCAAUGGCAAAUAAAUUAGCCAGCCAACCGCCUGAUGCUGAUGACACCGUGUAGGUUUAGCGAGUAGCAUAUCAGUGAAGUAAACUCAAAUUUAUAAUGUAUUGACGUUUGUAUGGAUAUUGUACAAGCGAUUGUAACUAUUGUAACUACGAUGAUUAUGCGAAUUAAUUAACGAAAUCUGUUUUCAACUGAUACGAUUUGUUUAUUGGCUCGCGUGUUUCUUAUAACCCUGAACCUGUAUGAGGACUUCCAAUAUUUAUUUUUUCUAUAAUAUAUGUGUAACUUGUGGGUGUUUUGUCUAGAUACGUCUCGCAGGCGUACUACGCAGUAUAUGCGAGUAAUUCGUAACCUGAUAUCGUCUAAUAGUAGAUAAUUAAGUUCAUUGAUCUCCAUUGUACGUAGGUACUUAUGAUAUUUGUUAUACAUUUGUAAAACGUGGAUAUUAUACUAAGUUAUAUAUGGACGUAAA